AUGGUUCAUUUCUUAAGCUUUACAAGAACUAUUCAACUACUUCUUUAUUAUUCUCUCAUAGCCACUUUUUAUGAUCUUGUUCGUACUGAUCCUCCCUAUCACCUUUGUCCAAAAACUACAAAUUAUUCAGCUAAUAGUCCAUUCGAAUAUAACCGCAAAAAUCUCUUCAACUCCAUUACUUCAAACGCUUCCGUCGCAAAGUUAUUCAAUACCUCUUCUGGAAAUAACUCGGAUAGAGUUUAUGGACAGUACAUGUGCCUCAACUAUGUUCAAAACUAUGCUUGCAUUAACUGCAUAAAAGUUGCGGCAGAAGAUGCUGUCAAGCUUUGUCCAGGGAAAACCGAAGCGGUUGUGUGGGAAGAAAGCUGUCAAUUGCGUUACUCUAAUGAAAAUUUCUUAGGCAGAUUGGACCUUACAGGAAACUUCAACCAACACAACCCCUUAAAUAUAUCGGAACCAGAAAGAUAUAGAUCUGCUGUGAAGAGUAUUCUAAGAAAUCUCACCGAGGAAGCAGCUUUUGAUCCUUCAACACAGAUGUAUGUUACUGGAAAUGUGUCCUUUACAGAUACGGAUACCUUAUAUGCUCUAGUUCAGUGCACUACAGAUUUAUCUGCUGAUGAUUGUAACAAACGCCUCCAGACUACUAUUGCAAAUAUUUCAUCUUGCUGCUACUUUUCACUAGGAGCACGGCUUUUUAGUCGUAGUUGCUAUUUGAGGUACGAGUUAUAUGCCUUCUAUGCAGGUGUAUCUGAUGGCAGCAAAGCGAGUGGGAAAGGCAAGCAAAGGAAGAGAUGGAUGCUUAUUCUGGCAAUUGUGUUGGUAUUACUUAUAUUGUUGGCUCUCUUGCCUUUCACUAUCUACUGGAAGGGUGAAGUUAAUAUGCAAGUUCAAUAUACUGGUGACCACAAUGGAACAGACUUUUAUCAACAUAUUCAGGGGACAAUUAGUCGUCUAAAAGCUGACGAAUUCUAUAUUAAUCUGGAAACCAUACAAGUAGCAACUAAUAAUUUUUCAGAUGCAAAUAUGCUAGGACAAGGCGGUUUUGGUCCUGUUUACAAGGGUACUUUAGGUAAUGGAAAGGAAGUAGCAGUGAAAAGGCUUUCCAGCUGUUCUGAGCCGGGUACUGAGGAAUUCACAAAUGAAGUGCUACUCAUACUGAAACUACAACACAAAAAUCUGGUUAGGCUUCUUGGUUUUUGUAUAGACGGAGAAGAAAAGCUGCUUGUCUUCGAAUUUAUGCCACACAGCAGCCUUGAUGUAAACCUUUUCGAUCCAAGAAAACGUGCUCAAUUCAGUUCGAGAAAACGUCUUAAUAUUGUAAAUGGAAUUGCAAAGGGAAUUCUUUAUCUUCAUGAAGAUUCUAGACUCAGAAUCAUUCAUAGGGACCUAAAAGCUAGCAAUGUGUUGUUGGACCCUGACAUGAAUCCGAAGAUAUCAGACUUUGGAAUGGCUAGAAUCUUUGCAGGUAGUGAAGGAGAAGCUAAUACUGCAAGAAUAUUUGGAACAUACGGUUACAUGGCUCCAGAAUAUGCUAUGGAGGGAUUGUAUUCAAUUAAGUCUGAUGUUUUUAGCUUUGGAGUGCUUGUGCUUGAGAUUAUUACCCGAAGGAGGAACGCAGCCUUUCAUAAACCAAAAAAUGCUCCUAGUCUCCUACCAUAUGUAUUUCAUUGAUGGAAUGAAGGAAAUGCAUUGGCUUUAAUGGAUCCAGUACUGACUGAUACAAACGAUCCUGAUGAAUUUUUAAGAUACUUGAAUAUUGGUUUGCUGUGCGUUCAAGAGGAUCCUUUUGACAGGCCGACAAUGUCUUCUGUUGUUGUAAUGCUGAAAGGGGAAAACAUAACUCUUCGACAACCUGAAAGACCUGCCCUCUUAGUGGGAAGAUUUACGGAUGAUUAUCAAAUGAAAGAUAACAAUCGCUCUUCUAAUCGCUUAACAAUUUCUGAUAUUUUGCCUAGGUGA